GAGAGCCAAGCGGAGUUUUCAAUUGAUUACUACAGACUGAGUUGGCUGGAAAGAUAACCCCGAAGAAUCACAACAGAGAUUGCAUUACAGAAGAUCAGUAGUGCUUGGAGGAUUGUACCAGUUAUAGUGUGUACGGUGUGAACAGUGUGUAGACUUCCCCGCCACACCAUGCUACACACACAGCACCGCUGCUGCCACCACGCUUAGGCACACCGCUGACACCACUGUCGCUGUUGUUGUUGUUGUUAAUACAUGUGUGAAGACUUCAUCCGAGUCGUGUACACACAUACACACGCACGCUGUUGAUGGGAUGAUCCCUGCACUGUUCAACUUGCUAAGAAGUGGAAUCUAAGUGUAAUGGCUGAGUGAUUGUCGCUUGUUGAGGGGAUGUUGAGUUCUUAUCUGAAUGAAGUUGGAUAUUUAUUAGUACUAGCCAGCUACAAAUGAAGAAAUGUGUUUGCUCCUUUUUGUGUAAUAACUACAAUGGACCAAUCAGGGACCUUGUUACAUUAAUAUGUGAUUCCAAAGGACUACCAGCCAGUGAGCUUUUGCAUUAGGAUGUGAAGGCUCGAAACUGCAAAAAUGACUUUGAUGCAUAAUGACAUGGAUAGGCAUAUCACCCAGACCAAUGACCGUCUGCUGUGUAUAAAACAGCACCUGUUGACGGCCAGUGGGUUUCAGAAUGCCGCCCGGGAGCUGCUUGAGUGGUGCUCGGACACCAGGGCCUUCCAGCGCCAGUUCGAAGACAGUCUCAUGAGCUGCCUCACCUUUGAAAAUACGUUAAUCGAAUGUCUUACUGUCGUCAGUAAAGUUGCUGCUCAGCCUGGCUAUGACCUUGACCUUGGCUACAGACUGCUGGCAGUCUGUGCAUCACACAAGGAAAUGUUCACGCCUAAAUCAGCGGGACAACUGACAUCGUGGUGUGAAGAGCUAGGCCGGUCGUUGUUACUGCGUCACCAGAAGAGCCGGCCGGCAUCCGAGCUGUGUAAGGGACCACCACCCGGCAUGCACCCGCAGAUGCAGAACAAGAUGCAGCAGGUGCACCCUGGUGGUGACCCGAGUGCAGGAUGGGGAGGACCAAACAGUGGCCAGCCCGGGUUGUCCGUGGUGACGACGGUGUGGGGGGUGACGCCCACCACCCAAACCGCACCCUUCACGCACAAUACCCCCGGGCCUGGCUUCACCAACACCACCAUGUCGGGGACGCACUUCAGCCAGCAACCGCAGGGCUUUCCCGGCACCGCGGGCAUCAACAAGGGAGCUCCGUACCCCGGUCAGAUGAUGCCCCAGCAAUACAGGAGGGAGCCACGGCCAAGUGAUAACUUCAGUGGGUAUCCUCCAACCCCGAAUACUCCUGGUUCGAACCCCCCUGGUACUGCCGCUGGUGAAUACUCUGCACCACCAGCUGCAUUGACGGCAGCAGCGUUUGUGGCAGCAGCCGCCACAGCCACAGCAACAGCCACUGCAACGGCUAGCAUGGUGGCAUUGCAAGAACAGCAGAAUCAGCAGCAGCAGAUGAACAUGCAAAUGAACAUGAGCAUGAACAACAACUACCCACAUAUGCAGAUGCAGCCAGGCCACCAGCUCUACAACAACCAGUACCCCCCUGGCAUGCAGCAACGCCCCCCUGGUCACAUGCCAAUGGGACAGGGACCAAGCCCGGGUCCUGGUCCCAUGCCAACCAAAGUGAAUAUGCCAAAUAUGAAUAUGUACAAUGCACGGCGGGCGGCCCCAUAUCCGAACCCGCAUCAGUUCCUGCAGGCCAAGCGGGGCCAGCCGGUUCACUACCCAAACGGAACGCAGGUCGAUUUUGUUCCUGGUCCCCAGAGUCCCUAUAACCACCAGCAGUUCCCCGGGAAACCACAGUUCCCCCCAACACAGCAGCCUCUACCGUCACCCACAUACGGACCUCCCCAGGGCAUGAGGCCUGCCGGCCCCGGGGCCUAUCCCAGCACCCAGAACCCCUACAUGACGCAGAACCAGUACCCACCCAGCAGACCCCCGGGCCAGGCCCCACCUGGAUUCAAUCAGUUUUCUGGACAGGUGAAUACACAGCCUGCCUAUUCACCGAUCCAUGGCAACCCCACCCCUCCCAUGACCCCCGGGGCAGUGCCUCCAGGGUACUCCACUGGAGACAUUAAGCCAAACUUUGGAGACUUCAAACCACAGCUACCUAUCAAAAAAGAGAACGACGAGUUGCGGUUGACAUUUCCCGUGCGUGACGGCGUUGUGUUGCCACCGUUCAGACUGGAGCACAACCUGGCUGUCAGUAACCAUGUCUUCCACCUGCGGGAGUCAGUCUAUCAAACUCUCAUGUGGAGGUCUGAUCUGGAGCUGCAGUUGAAAUGUUUCCACCAUGAAGACCGUCAGAUGAACACGAACUGGCCUGCGUCUGUGACGGUGAGCGUGAACGCGAACCCACUGACGAUAGAGCGUGGGGAGAACAAGUCGUCACACAAACCGCUGUACCUGAAGGAGGUGUGCCAGCCGGGCCGUAACACCAUACAGAUCACCGUCACCGCCUGCUGCUGUUCUCAUCUGUUUGUCUUACAACUGGUUCACCGACCGAGUAUCAGAUCUGUGUUACAGGGCCUUAUGCGAAAACGCUUACUGCCUGCGGAACACUGCAUAACCAAGAUCAAAAGAAACUUUACGAACGUGCCAACGAGUAAUAGUUCGAUGAAUGGUGAAGACGGGGUGGAACAAACUGCAAUCAAAGUGUCUCUGAAAUGUCCGAUAACGUACCGACGGAUAACGCUACCGGCCAGAGGUCAUGACUGUAAACACAUACAGUGUUUUGAUCUGGAGUACUAUCUGCAACUGAACUGCGAGAGAGGAACGUGGCGCUGUCCUGUCUGCAAUAAGACUGCGUUGCUGGAAGGUCUGGAGAUUGACCAGUACAUCUGGGGGAUCCUGACCAAUCUGAACAACACGGAGUUCGAGGAGGUGACAAUUGAUCAGACGGCCAGCUGGAAACCCGUUCCUGUGAAAACCAUCAAAGAGGAAGAACCAAAUACUGACCAGUGCAGUGCGGGGCGGUGGAUCAAGGCGAUGUCUCCAGCCAGCAUGCAGAUGCCCACAAUGAACAACAUAGACCUCGGUCCACGGUCCUCCCCGUACUCCCUUCCCGCACCCGGUUCACAAGAACCACAUCUCAGUCAACCGUUGCGACAUCCGGAACAUGCGGGCGCCAACGGAAAUCACAUGCCUCAAACGAACCAACCACAGAUAGGCCAUCAGAACGGAGGUCCCCCUCUCAUCCACGCACCCAAUGGAGUUCCGGUCCCGCCAAACCCCAGCGCAAACGACUGCCACAUUUUAUCAGAUCUGAACUUUGACCCAGCAACUAUUAUUGACGGGGACGCGGGUACACAGUCAGGACUAGAUUUGCUGCCAGAAAACCUGGGUGAUCCUAUUGAACUGUUGUCGUACUUGGGGCCACCGGAGAGAGGGGAUUCUGCCAAUCAAAACAGUAACGUUAACAAUGGAACAAACGCUACAAACACAAACAGUGACGAUCUUUUAGCGUUGUUCGAAUCGUGAAGUGGUUCCCACCCCCAUCUCUCUCUCUCUCCCCCAACCCCUGUGAUUAACCCAAUCCCAUUCACCACGGAAGAGUCGUUACGCCCUGGUCGUUGAGUCCUUCCGUUAUGAAACAAGGUGAAGAAUAUGACAUGUUCAUUUGAAUUCUGUUGUGGAGGAUGAAGAAGUAAACGGUCGGCUGUGCAUAUUAUGUGGAACAUUUACCCAAACACGGAAUACAAACGUUUUCUAAUGCUGAAAUUCCUCCCACAGUGUUUCAAGUCACAUGAUCUUGCCAGCUUGAUUGCAGGUACGUCCAAUCCGAUUGGAUGAUACAAGACACAGCUGAAUCUGAUUGAUCCAGAAAUCAUGAAAACUUGAACGCAUUCAGAAGGGCAGUAACUCAUAAUUAAGGGCAGUAACUCAUGAUCAAGGGUAGUAACCCAUGAGCAGGUGAAGUAACUUUUGGUGACAUCUGGUGUGGAUAGCCCUUCUGAUUUCUGGUGAUACCAGCCAAAUAAAGAAGUUGAAUAUAUUGCCUCAUGGACAUUUUAAGAAGACUUACGAAAGCUGUCACGAAAAGAGACUUUUCCUCACAACACGCCAUUUCAUUGUACAAUGUUUUUGAUCGUGACUUGACGUCAGUGUGAAUGUGAUGUGGUGUCAUGUUCAUUGGUUUCCUCAGAUCAGGAACAAAUCAGGAACUAAUCUUGCAGGAAUCAUAUCAAAUCGACAUUACAGUUGUAGAGGCAGCAGGACUGAAAUCACGUUUUUAUUACACAUUGUUUACGUUUCUUUGUUGACUAUCCGGGCUAAUCGUUACAAGAAAAAAAAAGAAAAAAAACCUAAAUCCUCAUUGGUGCGAGGUGUGUUGUGGUUGUCAUGGAGAUCUUUAAAAAAACAAGAAUAUAUUUCAUUGUCAUGGAAAUCUAAUAUGUUUCAUUGUCAUGAAAAUCGAAGAAAAAAAAUCAUUGUCAUGGAAAUCGAAAAAUGUUACAUUGUCAUGAAAAUGUUAAAAUGUUUCAUUGUCUUAGAAAUUUUAAAAUGUUUCAUUGUCAUGGAAAUCUAAAUAUGUUUCAUUGUCAUGGAAAUGUAAAAAACAUUUCAUUGUCAUGAGAAUCUAAAAAAACAUUUCAUUGUAAUGGAAAUCUAAAAACAUUUCAUUGUCAUGAGAAUCUAAAAAACAUUUCAUUGUCAUGGAAAUGUAAAAAUGUUUCAUUUUCAUCAUAUAUAAGUUUUAAAUUGACUGGUGUUAAACUGACACAGAAUGAAAUAUUUAUAAUGCCAGCAGGGAUUGAUGUACAGAGAUAAAACGAUUUGCGAGCCUGAUUAUUUAAGACAGUACUAGACAGCACCUCCCACUGAAUUUGCAAUAUUUUUACAUACCGAGGUUGGAUCACAUUUGUUUUAAGUUGAUUUAGUUGUGAUCGGUCUAUUGUGCAACUCUUGUUGUUGUUAUUUGUAUGCAAUGAAAAACACGAGGCAAUAGUUAUCUCAGAAGUCACUGUAAUAAACUUUUAAGAAAAAAACUUAUGCAUGACCUGGCAAUCUUAUUUUACAUAUUUGUUAACCCUUUUCAACUCAACAUUUUAGUUUAAACUGUCUUUAGAUGAUUAGGCUAAUGUGAUUUGUAGGAGUGAAAGCAUUAUUUCAAACAAAUUUUUAAAGAUUUUUUUUUCGUUCUCAAAUUUCUUAUAUUUAUCAUAUUUGCAUUAAAUGAAGGCAGCUAUUAAUGUACUCCAUGCACAGGCUUUACGGCAGUUUUAUUUAAUAUUUAAAGCAAAUUAUGUUUUUACAAUGGAAUACUUUUUUUUCUUCAAAAAGUGAAUGAUGUUUGAAGUUUUGUUUUAGUAUAGUAAAAGACUGUAUAAAGGUUUGUGUUUGGACACGUAUUUUCAAAGAAUGUAAAAGAUUGAAGAUGUCGUUUCUGCGAUGAGUUUUCAUUUAAACUAAAAUUGUUUUGUUUUUUCUGUCUUGUGAAGUGCUGUAAAAUUAUGAACUGAUAUUUUAUUUAAAUUUGUCCUCAUAUAUAGUAAACUGAUCAGCACUUUUAAUAUUUAAAUUUGUCCUCAUAUAUAGUAAACUGAUCAGCACUUUUAAUAUUUAAAUGGGACACUCUUUUAUAACAUAUUUUAAAAUUAAAUCGUAGAAUAUUUUCAGCAUAAAUAUAUAAUAUACCGGUAUAUAUACGUACACAGAUAAACAAUAAGAAAUUUGAGAAAAACAUUUUAAAAGCAAUCCGUUUUUGUUUUGUUUUUUUGUUUGUGUUAUUUUUUAAAACGAAAUGACCGUAGUGAAUGAUCUUUGUGAAAUAAUGUUGUGCUGUGCAUUGUACGGCUAUAACCACAGCGUAGAUAGGUCCAUGACAAAUUGACAGUUUGUCAUUGGUGUAGUGAUAAAAAUAUGACAAAACUCUUUCUUGUUAAGCACUUUUGUCCGCAGUUUUAUCCUAAGAUGCUGUUGUAAUGAAAAAUUAGUUUUAAAACAAAUUCUUUUAUAUUUUUAUUGUUAAAUUAUUACAUCACUAUAAAAAAACCCUCAUUUUUCAUUUUGUACAUUUCUUUUUAUAGUUAAAAUGUUUUUGGUUUAUAUAAAAACUAUUUUUUUUAAGAGGUGCUUAUUUUUAAUGUUUUGUCCUGCACCAUUUCCAUUACGGUUCCAGCCCAAAUAUUUAUGUUAGAUUUUGAAACGAGAAGUAUUCUGUAAAGAUUAGAAAAAUUUAAGGAUUGUAGGUGCCUCCUGAAAACAUGUUUAAAUUUAAUAUAGUUAUAUUAGUCUACCGGCAAAUAUUCUCUAAGAAGCCAAUAAAAUUUAAAAGAAAAUUGUAUUUAAAUUUAUCUUUUUGCAGAUUAUUUAAAACAUUGAAAAUAUGUAUUCAGUUUUUAUUUAUUUAUUAAAACAUAUAAAAUGAAAUUUCUUCUAAUGUUAAACUACUAACUUGUAAUAAACAGGCACCUAAUGAAGUUGCAGACGGUGGCCGCUUAAAGCAGGUGACUGGUUAAUAUAAAUUUGUAUUUCAUUCAACAGUAUGGAAGUAAAGUCUGUUGGCUUUUUAAAUCCGACACAGUUUUUGUAUAAAUACAUAAUUAUUAUUAAGGAAUCUAAGUUUAAAAAUUAGUUUAAUGUGAAACAGUUGUAAUAAUUAUAACUAUUAAGGAAUGAAUUUUAAAAAUAUUCUACAAAUAAAAAAGUCCACGUAGUUGUACUAAGGAGCACCAUGAAAAGCUAUAUUUAUCAAAAUGGGUUAUCUUCUGUGAAGAUGGCCACCAUUGUCAUCCUCAUUGCCCAAUUGUUGCCAUACACACAGUGACAAACACACAUCCAUUCUUGUUAUGUAAAUUAUUUAAGCUCAUUUUGUAUAUUGUACAUAAGAAUUGUUGUCCAGCGCAUAGAUGGUCAUGUCCAAUAAACUGAAAUUUUAGUCACCGAUAUUAGAAUGUAAAUAGUCGGCACCAAUGACAAAUGGUCAGCAUUACUAUCUUUAAGAACCGCAAAGACGGUUUCUAAACUAAUGCUGCAAUGUGUAGAAUAAACGAGAAGCGACAUGCAUGGUCAUUAGCAAUUCUUACUGAUAUUUCUUCAUUUUAAACUCGGAUGGAAACAUUUACCAAAAACUAAUCUAAAUAUGGUUUCAUACCAUUAUUUUCUUACUUGGAAAUAUUUACAAAACUAAUAAAAUCAUAUUGUUUCUAAAUAAUGCCUUUUAAUUGAAGUCUUUUGAGUUUGGUUUCAAGAUGGAAAAUUUAUUCAGGUCUAUUCCUGAGAAAAGACAUGCACAAAAUUAAGACAGAAAAGUUAGUGAAAAAAUAAUGGAAGUUGUAACUAUUCACAAAAUGAAAUCAGAAAAGUUAGUAAAAAAUUAAUGUAGGUUGUAACUAUUUCCAUUGUGUUGACAACUGAAGAAAUUCUCUAACACUUGUUAAUGAGUCCCUGGUUUUUAGAAAGUAGUUUUCACGGCUUCUCUCCCAUACACACCUACAGUAGUUUCCAGCCUACUACUGUCAAUUUACUUCUUAUUGUGGCUAUAUCAGGUCUGGUGGUUUUCAUUAACAUACAGUUUGUGUAUUUGUACAAUUUAUCAUUAAUUACUCUGUCAACUGUGUUGACCUGACCGUGAUUGCUGAUAUUCCACAUCAAGUAGUGAACUGACGGCCGGGCUGAUCGGUACGACGUUGACUAAGCUUCAGCACGAAGCUGGUUGUGAAAAUACAGAACAUAUUUAUUAUUCGUGUACAGUUUAUUUUUAAUUGUUUCUAUUUGUUUAAAACAGUCCUAACCAUGUUCUGUCCAACACAAAAUGCUCACAUCAGUUUAAACAACAAAGUAUCUGCAUGGCAAAUUGAUAAUUAUUGAAUACGUCUGCAAAGAUUCAUUAAAAUGGACUAAGUUGAGAGAGAAUUUUUUAUCCGAGUGCAAUCUAAUGUUUGUUUCAGUAUUGGCACAAAUUUGCUAAAAUGUAGAUAAAAAGGUUUUCUGAUGUUAACCUUAGACUUCAGUAAUUUAAUAUAAACCAUUAUAAGUAAUGACAAACUUUAAAAAAACUAAUUGUUUAAAAGUUUUAACAAAGAUGUGUUCAUAAAAUAUAGUAUUUAAAUGUUCUUUUGAUUAGAGAAAGAAAUAUAUUCUUCAGUGUGAAAAGAUAUAAAAUUAAUUCCAUACUAAAUGGCAAUUUUAUGUGGAUAAAUGUUUUUAAGUUUAAAGAAAAUAUGUCGGAAACAAAAAAAAAAUUAGCAAAUUAUAUAAACUUACACAUAUAGACUUUCGAAGUUUGAAUUUUUUUUUUUAUCAAUAUAAAAAAAAUGAAAUCAUAUCAGUUUGACCUGCAGAUCAUGUUCUCUUAUAACAGUAUUGAAUUACAAUCAAUCCACCCACCAUUUCCAGUCCAUUAACUACAACAUUUCUCUGUCCACACAACAUUAACCGAGUUCAAUGUACUCCCAGGAGUUAGUGGUUUUUCUUACCUGGUGUGUAGUAUAACCUCCACCAAAGAUUUUAUGUUGGUUACCUCAUGUUUACAUCUAUACAUACAUACAUACAUCCGUCUGUCACUUGUUGAAUGUGGGUUUACCUCCGUUUACAUAGGUUUACCGUUUGUUAUUGUAAAUCCUGGUAACCUCUUCCUACCCCCCCUGUCACCGCCAUCAUGCGAUGAGUAUCGCAAACAGAAAUAUUUUAUUUCACGUGAUCGCUGUAGGUUUCUCUCUCUGUAAUAUUUGUCUGUGUAUGACACUCAUGACGAACACCAAAAAUGUACUUUAGUCCCUCUCAUGUGAUCAUUAUUUAAUCCAAUAAAUGAUAUAAAAUCUA